GUCCGCGGACAUGUGAAGACGAAGAAGUGGGCCGUCGUCGCGUGGAUACACGAGGGCCGCUCAGCUAAAUUAUCCUUCGACGGAAACUUCAGUUCUCUCGCCAAUGCGAGCCUCAAAGUCAGCUACUCUAGCGAUGUGACAGUUCCGCCAGAGCGAAACUGGGGUCCAAAGCAAGACGUGCAGAAGAAAAUCAAAGGCAAAAGCCGGGGGAAGGCACAUCAGACGCGUGAAACUCACAAGACAGACCAAUGCGUCUUCCUUAACUAUUACAAACUGAGGGUGCGACUUGGGUUCUGGCCGACUGUCAUGAAGGCUGCCGCCGGUUCGCACGAUCUGUCUGAAGGGCCGGAUGACGAUGCGUAUGAAGGGUCGGCGGCUGCCGGAGCGGGCGACGCAAUGGAAGACGUUGUUAUCGAGCAGGUACCCGCUCCACAGAAGGUCUAUGAUCCGGUUGACAUCCUACUCGACUAUAUUCUGCGGCAUUCUGACGCUACGGUCGCUAUCGCGAAUGACGAGGAGCUUGUCGAGUUGUGCAAGGCAAAAUCACAGGAGUUCCCGGACGACAUCCGCGAGUUCCUGAAGACAAUACAACCCCCCAUUGAGGUCAAUGAGGAUGGCUUGGGCAUGCUCUCUCACGAGGAGAUCGCACCCGAAACAUCUGCACAGCAGAGCGAUGCGCCGAGGCAGCCCGCAAGUGAUCUUGUUCCGCAACCACCCCGUGCUAUGGAAGAGGAAGACACAAGCCGACCCAAGAGCGGCGGAGUUAUCGUUGUAUCCGAUGAACACACGAAUGGCGUGUGCUCACUUACAUAUUCACCAGAUGGUAGCUGGAUUGCAAGCGGAUCUGAAGACGCUAAAUUGACCAUCUGGAACGCGGAGACGGGAGGAUAUGAGCGCACCUGUGAGCGCCAUAACGACACAGUCUGCUCCCUCGCGUUCUCCCCCAACAGCGCCGAGAUUGUUACUGGCUCGCGCGACGGCACCGCCAUCAUAUGGACCGUAGGCACCGGUCAGCCUCGUGCCUUCCUCAACGGACACCGAGGAUUCGUUUACUCCGUCGCGUGGUCACCUGAUGGCACCACUAUCGCCACUGCCUCCGUCGACUUCACCGUGCGCAUCUGGGAGGCCGCGACAGCCACCGAACGCUCUGUGAUUGAGGGGCACAACGCCAUAGUAAUGCUUGUCGCAUAUUCCCCAGACAGUCUGCGUAUCGCCUCCGCCAGCGCAGAUUAUUCGGCACGGGUUUGGAACGUUGCGGACGGCACACAGGUGUCCGUGCUUGAGGGCCACAGCGGGGUCAUCUACUCACUAGCGUUCUCGCCUGAUAACCGGCGUGUAGUGACGGGUUCCGACGAUGGCACGGCGCGCAUCUGGCUCGCGGAGUCAGGAGCUGAACUCGUCACGCUGCGUGAGCAUGCGGGCUCGGUGUGGGCCGCGGCAUUCUCACCAGACGGAAAGCAGGUACUGAGUGCGGCGAGCGAUGGGACGGUGAAGAUAUGCGAUUCGUUCAGCGGAGACCUGCUGCAUACGCUGGAGGGCGGCGACGCGCUCGUGAAUGCUGCAGCUUUCUCCCCCGAGGGCUCGCGGAUCUGUGCGAGCUUUGGAGAUAAUGUGGUGCGUGUGUGGGACGCCCGCACAGGCAGGAUCCUGGGACAGCUUGCGGGCCAUUCGGACAAGGUCAGCCACUUAAGGUUCUCGCCGCAAGGAGACAAAAUCGUGUCUUCCUCGGAUGAUAGUUCCCUCCGGAUUUGGGACUUGAACCGACUGUUAUCUAUGGUAUGAACGAAGAAGGCGAAUCGAUUUGGUGGUAUUGUCACUGUGACCCCUGCAUUGUAGUUUCAACAUUUUCUUGGAUUAGCCGUCUGCUUGACCACACCAUGUAUUAUAUCACGAUAUACCUGUCUUCAUAUGCCAAUAAUGAGACUAUUUUGAUCUA